GCUGUCAUUGCGCCUGCGCAAGGGGGCCGGGUGGCUGAAGUGGCUGGGCUGCCCGGCCACAAGGUCUGAGGUACCAGUGCGCCUGCGCGGGAGGCCAGUAGGCUGGCAGUGCCGAGCGGACUCGUCCUCGCCGACCGGCAGUCAGUGCGCCUGCGUGCGGUCCAAGCGCCGCGGUUCUUGACUGUGCUGUGCCGGGUGCUGCUUGUAGCCAUGCAGGGAGCGGACUCGGACCAGCCAUUCAAGCGGCCCCGACGCGAAGGCAACCCAAGAACCCCGCCAAACAUCCCUUCCGCGGCGGCGGAAAGGUCCCCAGGCCCCAAACUCCACCGCGACCACCAGUCCUGGGGCCCGGAGCAGGUGUGCUGCUUCCUAACGCGCUGUGGCUUCAGUGAUCCCGGACUGCUGGAACGCUUCCGAGAAAAUAAAAUCACAGGUUCAAUACUGCUCCAUCUUAAUGAGUCUGAUCUUGAAAGUCUUGGAAUAAGUACCUUGGGCGACAGAAAGAAGCUGUAUAAUUAUAUCCAGCAACUGAGGGAAGUUCAUGUUCAUGCAAUGAAGGUAAUUAAUGAUCCUAUCCAUGGCCACAUUGAACUCCACCCACUCCUCAUCCGAAUCAUCGACACACCUCAAUUUCAGCGGCUUCGAUAUAUCAAACAACUGGGUAGCAGUUACUAUAUUUUUCCAGGCGCUUCGCACAAUCGAUUUGAGCACAGUCUAGGCGUAGGGUAUCUAGCAGGAUGUCUGGUUCGUGCACUGCGUGAAAAACAACCAGAGCUGCAGAUCAGUGAACGAGAUGUGCUCUGUGUUCAGAUUGCCGGCCUUUGUCAUGAUCUCGGUCAUGGGCCGUUUUCUCAUAUGUUUGAUGGAAGAUUUAUUCCACUUGCUCGCCCAGAUGUGGAAUGGACGCAUGAACAGGGCUCAGUGAAGAUGUUUGAGCACCUGGUUAACUCUAAUGGAGUCAAAGCUGUCAUGGAGCAUUACGGUCUCGUCCCUGAGGAAGAUAUUUCCUUUAUCAAGGAACAAAUUACAGGACCACUUGAAUCACCGAUCAAAGAUGAUUUGUGGCCAUACAAAGGGCGUCCUAAAGAGAAAAGCUUCCUUUAUGAGAUAGUGGCCAAUAAACGAAAUGGCAUUGAUGUGGACAAAUGGGAUUAUUUUGCCAGGGACUGCCAUCAUCUUGGAAUCCAAAAUAAUUUUGAUUACCAGCGCUUUAUUAAAUUUGCCCGUGUUUGUGAAGUAGAUAAUAGGAAGCGUAUUUGUACUAGAGAUAAGGAGGUUGGGAAUCUGUAUGACAUGUUCCAUACCCGCACCUCUUUGCACCGCAGAGCUUAUCAACACAAGGUUGGCAACAUCAUUGAUACAAUGAUUACAGAUGCUUUCCUCAAAGCAGACCCCUACAUAGAGAUUAUAGGCUCUGAAGGAAAAAAGUAUCACAUUUCUACAGCGAUUGAUGACAUGGAGGCCUUCACUAAGCUAACAGAUAACAUUUUCCUGGAGAUUUUGUAUUCUUCUGAUCCUAAACUGGAUGCAGCACGAGAGAUUUUAAAAAAAAUUGAAUGCCGUAAUCUAUACAAGUUUGUGGGUGAGACUAAACCAAAGGGAACAACAAAAAUUAGAAAGGAAGAAUAUAAAAGCCUUUCAGAAGAUCUUGCCAAUGCUAAACCUAAGAACGUCGUGAUAGAAAGUGAACUGAAGGCCGAAGAUUUCAUAGUGGAUGUUAUCAGCAUGGAUUAUGGAAUGGAAGACCAGAAUCCUAUUGAUCAUGUUCGCUUCUAUUGUAAGAGUGACCUCAGCAAAGCAGUCAUGAUUACUAAAGAUCAGGUUUCCGAGCUUUUGCCAGAGAGGUUUGCAGAGCAGCUGAUUCGCGUGUACUGCAAGAAGACUGACACGAGGAGCUUGUCUGCAGCACAUCAGUACUUGGCUCACUGGUGCUUAAUCAGAAACUUCACCAAGCCGCAGGAUAGUGAUGUUGUGGCCCCACUUAUAACACCUCAAAAAAAGGAGUGGAAGAACGCGGAUUCAGCCCAGAGCCCAGGUCACUUCCAAAAAGUGUCCAAACUUAAAGCCCGGCUUUUUACAGAGGACUCUGUGUGAAUGUUUGCAACCAGUUGUUUACAGAGAGUCCUCCUCCCCAUUCCCCAAUGGUAUUGACUAAUUUAGGGAAUUUGGUCAUGAACUCUACAAAUUUGUGAUAACUAGUGCUUUUUACAUUUUGAAUGUACACCCAUGCUGAAGCUAAAUAAUUUUUAUCUGAAGAAACAAAAAUGUAUGAGGCAACUCUUGCUCUACAUGCUAUAGAAAGCAUUACCUUGCCUAUUUUAACAUUAACUAAUGUCUUUCUCCAUUGUAGUCUAUUUUCUUAGAAUAGUCAUUUUUUAUGUACUCUGAACGCUUAUGACAUAAUGAUUGUUUUUUUAAAAAAAAUUUGGAAAUGAGAUAAGAUGCACAUUGAAGUUUGAAGUUAGGAUUGUCAUAAAUAGCCAUGGUUAAAAAUAGAACAUAAAAGGAGGUGCUCAUCACCUCGAAUUUGAGGGAAAUUCUUCUUAAGUGAUUGGUGAAAGAGCUUCCCCCACCCUGUUAGCCAGGUUGGACUAAACAACAGGAGAGGAGGAGGAUGAGGGAGCUCUACCUCUUGGGUGAGAGUCCUGAUUAAUUUCUUGGAAAUAUCUGAGGACCCUGCCCUUUGCUGAAGUGGGACAUAAGACUGCCUCUCAGGAGACUCCUACCCCAGUGGCAGAGGGAUCCCCCAAACCAGGCUGUUCUCUGGGUCAGUUGCAGCCCCAGACCUGGGAAGUUUCUUCAUCCCGAGUCACUACCCAUGUCCGAGGUCUCUAUCAGAAUCACUGCUCAGCCUGGAGAAGGCUCCCCUCCAGCCUUCUCUCUGAAUUUCCCUUGUGAGUGGAUCAAAGGUUGACACAGAAGCCAUUCUUAGGGCUACUCAGAGCUGGGACUUUGUUUUUGCUUUAGUGUGCAUUUUAUGAGUUUCAGAGCAAAGGCUGAGCUGCUUGGGAUGAGAUGAGCAAUUAUCUCUAGAAUUCUAGGUUCCCCUUUGUAGCCCAAUGUACCCCACGCUUGUUCUUCACCUCCUGUGGUGGAGAACACACCGCUGUGGUUGAGCAAUUCUGUGCAGAGGGCACCGCCCCUACCUCCACAUUCACACGAUUGCCAGUUCAGCAGAAAUUCACCAGGAAUAAAAUCUGGAGUUAGGGCCAAAGCCGGUGGUAGCCAGAGAGUCCUGUAGCUGCAGGGCAGUGAGGAAUGGGAGUCAUAAGUCCCUAACGUCUUAUGCUAUGACACUCCCUUACAAAAGCCUCCACGGCAGGCUGGGAUUGGGGAGCCAGCCGUGGCUCUGGGCAAGAGCAAGUGGGAGGAAAGGAGGAACUCAGACCACAGGCCGGUACACGAUCCACAGUCUUAGGGUGCUGUCACCUUCCGCUAUGUAAGCAGGUUCUGUUCUGUUGACCCUAGGGCGAAAAGUAUUAGGAAUGUCUGCCAUUCUGUAUUACCACCACCACCCUCCUCUGCCCCCCAGCAGAUGAUCAAGAGUUGACCCUCAUUCAUAGGAGAAUAAUUAAAACCCUUCCUGCCUCCACCACAGUGCUGUAGAGGUAUGAACAUGUGGGCUCCUAGAAGCAUAAGUGAAAUCAGCCCUGGUACUGGGUCACGUUUGUUUUGGCCAAGGUGCCUCUAAAGCAUCCAAUGGGGAGAACUAUAGGGCUCAGACUUAGUGUAUCCAGAUCCAAGGUCAAGAACGUAAUGUUUUUCUGCUAAGACUGUUUUAUUUCUGCAACUCUUACCUUUAAAUCAUUGUGGUUUACCCCGGAAUUUUUUACUUUCAAUAUUGUCUCAUUUUGCUGAGAAACAACUUGAAUCUAUUUUGUUUGCAUCCUUUACAUAUAAGUCAGCUGCACUUUAUGCUCUUUGCAACUGUUUUAAUUAUCAGAACCAUGUGCCAUUUACAAGGUUAAAUUUUUCUUACGCCUUCACUAUUUGUAUAAAAACUGAGAUUUUAACAACUUAACCUCUAGAGUUACUGAACUUUUGUCACCUUGAGAACGUAAAUAAGAACUGCAAGUUUAAAUGACUGGUUACUUCAUUUGGGUAAGGGAAACAGCUGCAAUAAAGCUUCAUGAAUGUAUCUCCAUCCUGAAA